GUCCAACCCCCGACAUUCACACCAGAGAGUUACGGCAUCCACCACCAAUCCGACAACAUUCGUUACGAACAGCAAUUCGACCGCGCAACUCCCGAUCCAUAGCCCACCCUUUGCCCACUCGUCGCACCAUCGCGCACUCGCUGUCCACAGGGCCCCUCGAAUCCGACGCAAGGACCACAUUCGCAAUCACAGUCGCCAAACAUUCGAUCUAACGGCACCAUAUCCAGGGCUCGCGCCCGGUGACGCUUGCGCGGCCGUCAUUUUCAUCCAUUCCAGCCUGCGCAGUCACGAUGGAUGCGGCGCGCGCAGAGUACGAGCGCAUACCACAAAACGAUACUCAGACCCCAGCGCCCUUGUCCCCACCCAGGAGCAAGACUCCACCCACUGUCACUGGCAAGAGGGCGCACAGCGAUGAACAAGUGCCCACCACCGAUCAGUUUCGCAGCGGGAGUGAGCCCGUGAAUCCCGUCGCAUUGAACAAGGCGCUGAAAGACAUUGAGCGAGCUGGACAGCGGAGAGUGAGUACGCCAGCACCGAGUCCGAGUCGGAAGCGGCAGAAAGUCCAAACCAGCGAUCGCUUCAUACCGAAUCGCGCAGGGCAGGAUUUGUCUGCAAGCUACAACUUGCUACAUGAAGAUGGGUCCCCAGCUACGCCGUCGCGGCACCGCAAGAAGGGACCAGGAGAUCUGCAAUUUCAGAAGAUGGAAGCCAACCGGACAUACUCAUCAAUACUGAGGUCGGAGAUGUUCAACGAUGAAAUUCCGCAGAUCAUACACGACCGCACUGGCUCGCGCGGGCAGACACCGCCUGUGACGAGCACUGGCGCAGCUUCGAAUCUGGCCGGCAGCAAUUUCACACCCUCAACACCGCAUAAGAACCUUUUUUCGUACGGACCACAGCAGCCUGUGUCAUUGACGCCGCGUUCAAUAUCCCGAAGCGAACGAGGGCCAAAUAUUAAUGCCCGAUCCGAAAUCUACAGCUUGUCACCGGUUAAGCACUCAUCACAGACAAUGCUGUUAUCUCCUCGCAAGACCCCGCGACAGGUCAGCAAGGUACCCUACAAAGUGUUGGAUGCACCUGAUUUGGCCGACGACUUCUAUCUGAACUUGGUAGAUUGGGGGUCAAACGAUAUACUGGCAGUCGGUCUUGGCGCCUCGGUCUAUCUAUGGAGUCGAGAAAGCGGGAAAGUGACUACUUUGUGCACCUUGGAGGGAGAUGUUGUUACGAGCGUAAGCUGGAUUCAGCGUGGCACGCACCUCGCGAUUGGAACUUCUAAGGGACUUCUUCACAUCUGGGAUACGCUGGCACAGAAGCGGCUGCGGACCAUGACUGGGCAUGCUUCACGCAUCAGCAGUCUUGCUUGGAAUGCACAUAUACUUUCCACGGGAUCGCGAGACAGAUCGAUACUGCAUCGAGAUGUGCGCUUAUCAAAUCAGUACCUGCGUCGGCUUAGUGGUCACAAGCAGGAGGUUUGUGGAUUGAAGUGGAACUCAGAGACUGAGCAGCUGGCUUCUGGUGGUAACGACAACAAGAUCUUCAUCUGGGACAAAAUGGAGGAGCGGUGGCAGCAUCGGUGGGGCGAGCAAGAAGGUGGCCACAAGGCCGCUGUGAAAGCCAUCGCUUGGAACCCUCAUCAACGUGGUGUUCUGGCCUCAGGGGGCGGCACAGCGGAUCGAUGCAUCAAAUUCUGGAACACGAUAUCAGCGGCACAGACUUCGGCUACGCGAUCAAUACCUGUCGAGCAGACGAAUCUUGGACUAGGACUCUCCACGUCUCCAGUACCGGAGCCCGAAGUUUCAAAUCAAGUGAUGAAUCCGCAUCUCAUCAGCUCCCACGACACAGGCAGUCAGGUCUGCAACCUGCUGUUCUCUCAGCGAACUUCAGAACUUGUGUCCACGCACGGCUACUCACAGCAUGCUAUCAACAUCUGGAAAUACCCGAGCAUGAACCAAGUGGUCAGUCUCACAGGCCACACGUACCGUGUCCUCUACCUCAGCAUGUCACCUGAUGGAGCGAUCAUCUGCACAGGUGCUGGAGACGAGACGUUGCGCUUUUGGGAUGUGUUUUCGAAGCAGAAGGGCGAGCCCAAGCGCGGUAUUGUGGGCGAAUGGGGCAUAAUACGCUAGCUUCAAAAGGCGGAAGGCUACCCGAUGAAGGAGAAUUACGUUUCAGUGGGGACUUGGAGAAUCAGAGGAGUGGGCAUCGUGCUUCGCCUUUGAACGAGAAGGACCAAUGUGCUACAUUCUGCUCGCAAGAAAGCAAACAGACUUUCGGUUUUGGCUGGUCCAUUGGAGUCGCGUAGCACGGUGACUGGAGCUUACGCAUAGCAUUGUGGGAGUUUGAGCGAUAGUGCAUCGUUUAUGCGCUUUUUAUGAUACCUUAUUAUGAGCACAGGCAAGGGACGCAUGAGCGACGGCGCAGAAGCCAUUUGGCCCAUUUCCGAC